AUGCAGUACCAGCGACUCGGCAACAGUGGACUAAAAGUCUCUCGAAUAAUCCUCGGAUGUAUGACUUAUGGCAACCCAAACUGGGAAGGGUCACCAUGGGUCCUAGACGAGGAAGCCUCACUUCCUUUAUUGAAGAAGGCCUUUGAUUUGGGAAUAAACACUUUCGACACAGCAAACACAUACUCGAAUGGAGAAUCCGAGACCAUUCUCGGCAAAGCAUUGACGAAGUAUUCGAUUCCUCGAAGUAAAGUCGUGAUCAUGACAAAGCUUUACUACCCCGUUCUAGAGGAUGACCCGACGUCAAGGCCGAAUCCUGCUAUCAACGAUGGGCCCCUUGUGAAUCAAGUGGGGUUAAGCCGAAAACACAUUUUCGAUGCAGUGGAGGGCUCUUUACGUCGAUUGAACACCAGCUAUAUCGAUGUCCUGCAACUUCAUCGACUAGACUCAGAAACACCAGUUGAGGAGAUCAUGCGAGCGCUUCAUGAUCUUGUUCAUAUGGGAAAAGUUCGAUACUUGGGAGCCUCGAGUAUGCAUUGUUGGGAAUUUGCACGGCUACAGUAUUGUGCAAAAAUGAACGGGUGGACACCAUUUGUCAGUAUGCAAGGACUUUAUAAUCUUCUUUACCGCGAAGAAGAGCGAGAGAUGAAUCCUUUCUGUGAGGCUGAGGGUGUUGGACUGAUACCUUGGAGUCCACUUGCACGAGGCCUGUUGGCACGACCGUGGCACGAUAAAUCCAGUCGGGGAGAUCAGGAUGAGAAGACUAAACGGUGGUUUGUUGGAGAUCAGAAUGCGGUAAUUGUGAACCGAGUGGAGGAGCUUUCACAAAGAAAGAAAUGUGCGAUGAGCUCUGUCGCAAUGGCAUGGUUGAUGCAGAAGGGAGCCUGCCCUAUUGUCGGGCUAAACAGCAUCGAGCGGAUUGAAGCUGCACUGGAGGCUUUGGACAUCAAGCUCUCGCUAGAUGAAGUCGAAUAUCUGGAACAGCCUUAUCAGUCACUAAGUGUUCAGGCGAUCUGA